GGCACGUAAGGUUUUUCCCUUUUCAGCUCUGUCCUGCCAGUUGAUGAGGGGAAGAAAAGGGGAUUACCCUGGGGCGUGGGCAUGCCAAACUGUGAGUCCAUGCACUGGCCGCACCCCCAUGCCAUGCCCCUGCCCUGCCAACCCCCCAGCUCCCAGAGGGAGUGGCUAUUUAAGGGGAACUGGAGUUCAGAAUACACAAGGCAGUCGCUUGGAAGUAUCAACUCUCACGUCCUCUGAGAGGGUGAGCAGGAGAGCAAGGGACCAGGGCAGAAGCUGGCACCACCUGGGAGAAGAGUCUAGGCAAUCCAUCUGCCUUUCUCCCACACAGAGCUGUCGACAUGAAGACCCUCCUGCUGUUGGCGGUGAUCAUGGCCUUUGGCCUGCUGCAGGUCCAGGGGCAUUUGCUGGAUUUCCGGAAAAUGAUCCGGUUGAUGACAGGAAAGGAAGCUACAUCCAGUUAUGGCUUCUACGGUUGCCACUGUGGUGUGGGCGGCAAAGGAUCCCCCAAGGAUGCAACAGAUUGGUGCUGCGUUGCCCAUGACUGUUGCUACUAUCGUCUGCAGAAACGUGGGUGUGGCACCAAACUUCUGAACUACAAAUUUUCUUACCGCGGGGGCAAGAUCAUCUGCGCAAAACAGGACUCCUGUAGGAGUGAAUUGUGUCAAUGUGACAAAACAGCCGCCUCGUGUUUUGCAAGAAACCGGAAGACCUACAGUAAAAAGUAUCAAUACUACAACAACAAGUCAUGCAGAGGGAAGACCCCCCGGUGCUGACAGCCCCCGACCCUGGGAGCCUCACCGCCCAAUGCUGUGUCCUUCUCCAGCACCCCGCUCCCUGCCCGAUCCAAGUCCCCUGGCCAUGAAGGAACCACCAUCUCCCAUCCUAGAGACAAGCCAGAAGCCCUCCCAUCCCCAGACAGAAGCCUUCUAUCCAGAACAAGGAGCCUAAAGCCUGGCCCUUCUCCCAUCCGUGCCUGGCCCUUUCCCUCUGCUCCCUCAGCAUUUCCGCUCUCCUCCAAGUCCAGCUUCCUGCUCCGUAGUAGUAGCUACACUCCCAGGAGGCUCUUCUGAAUAAAGCAGUUCAUUGGCUAA